AACGUGUGGCAGAAAGAAUCUCCAGUGUCUAUCAACGUGAACGAAUUCAUUAUCUGUGAAUACCAAGUGUAAAUAAUAUUCAUUGGAAGAAAAUGUGUAAUGUCAGAGUGAUACAAUAUAGAGACAUAGGUGGUCAAUACAGAGCGAUCAUUUAUAAUAGACUAUUAUGUAUCUCGCUCAGUUGAUGUAUGGAACGUUGCCUUAGACAUUUGUCUAGCGCUUUUAUUGCAUAUCCUUAGUUACGCUCUAUUGGAAAAUAUUCGGUGUUCACAAAACUGCUAAAUUUAAUGAGGCCGAAGGUGCCUCAAAAGAGGGGAAACUUUCUUUUGAGAAGGUACAGCGUUCUACGAUUGACUUCAACAAACAAUGAACCAUUCGGGAAGCGGAAAACGUCAGGCGAAGGUUUUGGAAGAAAAUUAUUGGGACUGCAGUGUCUGCACUUAUAGGAAUACAGCGGAAGCAUUUAAGUGCCUCAUGUGUGACGUCCGCAAAGGAACCUCUACGCGGAAACCCCGCAUAAACCCCCAAUUGGUAGCUCAACAGGUUGCGCAGCAACAAUAUGUACCACUUCUGAAACCAGGUAAGAAAGAAGGAAGUGGUGGUGGUAGUACGACCAGCGGCGUCAAGGAAAAGGAACGCAAACUGGACAAGCUGAGGCGCAAAAACAGGCAUCCGCCGCGUCUGAAAAAUAUUGACCGUAGCACCGCGCAAUCGAACGAGGUAACGGUCAAUAAUGUUACCGUCACUAUCACGGAGUACAAGCCCAAGGUGAAAAAGGGCUCGGAUCAGUCGAGCAAUGCGAGCUCCGAGGGCGGGAGCCAGCACGAUUCGAAUCAGGACUCGAGAAGUCUCGAUGUAGGAACCGACGCCUAGUUUAAUGCUAAUGUUACAUAUGUGUGUAUGAAUUAUUCUAAUUAAUAUAUUAUAUGUAUAUGUCAACCUUUAUGGUCAACUGUACAUCCUCUAGACAAAAGCGAUCAUUGUUGACAGUCGCUUUUCUCUCGUUUAUGCGUCCAUGCGUCGCAAAUUGUAUGACGAAUCUAACGAGGUCAGGCAUUUUGUACAAGAUUGGUAAAAAAUGUUUUAAAUGUGUUAAACAGUUUAAAACAUGCUUAAUUGAGGUUUUUAAUAUGUUUUAAAUGUUUUUUUUAUAGUACUGUUUAUAAUAUAUUUAAAGCAUUAAAAACAUAGAAGAAGCGCAUGUUCUAUACUUAAAAAAAAAAAAAACAUUAAGUCUUUACCAAUCCUGAUUUUGUGCCGUCAGCAGAUAUUAUUGACUGAGCAUGAUUCGUAUAUCAUUCGAGGGAAGAAGAAUGGGAAUAUAUGUACAUUGUAUAUCACUGUUUUACUCGUUGCACAAAAUGUUGAAUAAUUUGAAUCGCUUCUCUAAACAUUUUGUGCGAAAAAAAAAUGUACUUAAAAGACCGCUUACAUUACAGACGUCAUUUUUUUAUUCUGUAAUAUUUAUUGAAUCUGUUUGAAAUGUCUAUCGGCAUGACAUAUUCCGUGCUACAUUUAAAUAUAAAAAAAAAAUAAAAAGAAGGAAAUUGUAAAUAUCAGUGAAAGAUGGAAUUUUAUGAAAUAUUGUUAAUAUAAUUAUAUCUUCAAUUUUUAUUGAAUUUACGAGACCACUGCCAGAAAGCGCGUCGUAAAUCGUAAUGCGGUUCGGAAUUUAUUAACAAGACUAAUCAGUAUGACUGGCACUGGUAUAUAUGUACAUCUUAUUCCAUUCUAGUUCGUCAUUGAAUUGAGAUGAAUUUUCUUGAAAUACAAAAUACUUAAAUAAUGAAAGUUAUAUUUUACUGAUCUCCAUGAUUCGCUAAUUUAUUCUGUACUUUUAUUAAAGCACAAUUCAUCAAUUCAUAAUUAGGUCAAAAAACGUUUAAUCACAAUUGUAUGUACAGAUCGAACAUGAAUUUUCAAAUAUGUAAUACAUGUACUUCACGUAUUGAAUAUUCAUACAACGCUCUCUGAUAAAAAAAGGAAGAUAAAAUUUCAUUUUUAACAAAUAAACGAAUUAAAAUUAUAGAACAAAAUGACGUAACACUUUGUUUCAAAACGCAAAUACACACGAAAAUAAUCGUUGAACUUCAUUAGUUUUACCAUAUUUGUAACUGCCCAACAAAAUUUCAUAACAGCGAACACUUGUUGUAUUUAUUCAAAAUUAAAUCGUAGCUGCAAGGACCACAACAGUUCCUUAAGUAAACGGGUAAAGUGAAAAAGAAAGGAUUUCUAACACAGCAACAUUGUUAAUAUUAUGCCCAAUAAUUAUACACUAUCGAGAUAAUUGUAAUACAAUUCUGCAUUAAAAAUGAAAGUAAAUAUAAGAAUCUAUCAGUAUAUAUAAUCAGAGUAAUUAAGAGAAUUAAUAGAUAAAUCGAGGAUUGUAUAUUCGAGAAACGAAUAAUAUCGCCAAAUAUUUGGUAAUAUUAACUUGUAAAAAUAAUCCUCACGACUGCCCCUCUCCCUUAGACUUGCUUUUUCGAUAGCAUUGAUAUCUUGAAUUCUUAAUCAAACGAAUCGUUACAUAAGACCGUGUAGCUUUUACAAACAGAUUUUUAAUCGACAGAUAAUUAAAUCACCACUUUUACAGAAAUAGUCGCACGCAAAUGAUAUUUUUACAACUUUGUGAAACCGUAUAAGUUAUACAAAUCCUUUCUGUCAUACAUGUCCUUUUGUCUUACAUGUGUAACCUGCUUAUUUUUACAUAGCAUAAAUCUAUCUGCAUUUUAAUAGAAUACAAAGAUUUCGAAUGGACAGCGUGUUUUCGACUCUGUACUAAAUUUUUGAAUUUUUUUAAAUUAACAUUUCUAAGUGCAAUAUGUAAUCUCUUAUUCACUCGUGGCGCGCGAGAGAUUAAUUACUGUUGGCUAUUACAAAUUUAUAGCAUGCGAAUCAGGGGAACCCGCUUUUAAAAACAUUUUUUUUUUAAUGAAACGAUGUCUUCAAAACGUUAUAUUAAUUGUUCGUAUCAUAUAAUGUGAAAAUUCGGUAAAUACUUAAAUAAAAUACCGUACUGUUAUUUUC